UUUGCCUGGAAAUUUUUACUCACAGAAGGUCCAGUCGAAAUCUUGACAGAUCUCUACGUUGAAUCAUUUGGAAAUAUAGAAGAGGCAGACAUGGAAUUUAAAGUAUUUGGUUAUUUGCGACAGCAGUGGAAAGAUGACAGACUCACUGGAAAGCUUGACAAGGCAAUUACCAUAAAAGGAGAGAACAUCAAUCGACUCUGGUUACCAGAUCCCUUUUGUUACAACGCACGUGAUUCAAACUUAAUGCAACCAGAUUCUACAGUGCACAGCAAAGUGUCUAUUGAUGUCCAGGGAAAUGUGCUUUACACCAAAGGGGUGACUUUCUUAGCAUCUUGUGAACUGGAUCUUCGUCAUUUCCCAUUUGACUCGCAAGAGUGUUUUCUUAAAAUUGGAAGCUAUGCUUAUACAACUGAGGAUAUUAUUUACAAAUGGAAAUACAAAGUUGUGAAAGUAGAGGCGACUCAGAUGGCACAAUUUGACUACAAGGGGGCCUCAUUGUCGACGUCUGUGGACAUGUACAAAAUAGGAAACUUCUCCACCAUAAUAGUGACGUAUUUCUUCAAACGUCGUAUGGGAUAUUAUCUCAUCCAAGUCUACCUUCCCGACAUUUUCGUCGUAGCUCUAAGCUGGAUUGUUUUCUGGAUGGACAAAACAGACAUGGGAAACAGAAUGGCGCUGGGAAUCACCACCAUUCUGACCAUCAUGUUUCUUCUUGGAUCUAUCAAUGGCACCAUGCCUAAAGUCAGCUAUCCCAAGGCGUUGGACUGGUACCUAAUGGUUUCGUUUGUCUUUGCAUUCUUUUCCCUGGUAGAAUGUUUGAUCGUGUUUGUCGUUUGGACAAGUGGUAACAAGAGAAGGGCGAUGAAGGAGACAACUUCUGCAAGUAAUAAGUCAUCGUCAGACGAGAAGGUGACAUUCCAUUCCUGCAAACAUGACGUUACUUCUUCGAUUGGACAUAAAGACAACGAACAUCAAGGCAACAAGGUUAUCAGAAGUAUCUCAAACACUGAAAUUGCAGCUUGUGAGGACAGUUCAUUCCUAGGACAUAAAAAGCCUUACAGACUGGAUAAUGCACCUGAUUUAAUCGACAAAGUAUCACGGGCGUUGUUCCCGCUUAUCUUCUUAAUUUUUAACAUUGGAUAUUGGAGUUAUUAUACUGAUGCAAAUUAAAAAUACCACAUACAAUGUAUUACCUAUGGACCGUCAGUUAAAUACAUUAAAUACAAAUAUUAAAUGCAUCAUUAUUUCUCGAAUGCAAUGUUAGUCGCUUCAUUUAGCUAUCAUUCUCUUUUUCUGUUAGUACUCAAGUCUGAUUUGGUUUUCACGUACGCCUUCUUUGUUAUUAGAAGUCAUGCUUUAGAUUAUUUAUUUAAAAUUUUAGGUCACAAACGUGUCGGAAAAUAAAAGCAGCCUGGAAGAAGGCUCUCUUGCUUGGUGUUGUACUUCAGCGGCGAAGCUGGAGAGAGGAGAUCCUGUAAGAGGGACUGGUUGAGUUACAAUUCCCACCUCUUGAGAGUUAAGGCUGAUUUUACUUGCACUAUUCGCAGUAGAAUGCUUCAAGUAGCGGCUUUAAUUAGAACAUUUUGCAAACAAAACCCGGGUCCUGAUUAAUAAUAUCUUACUUCAUCUGCAUAUGUCGACUUAUGCUUAUGCUUAUGCGCCAGUGAAAACAAGCCUUAAUUGACAUAAACAAGAGCCACUUCUCACAGACCUCUGUAAAUAGAAAUGGAAGCAUCAUCUUAAACGCCGGCAGCAAAAUUCAUCAUGGACUUGUAAUUAACGCGCGAUUCAUUUUUCUCAAGAUAUUAAUCCCGCCACACGCGAAGACGUGUAGAGCAGCUGGAAAGCAAUGGCAUAAUAACAUACGGUCCCUGCAUUUGCAUUUUACAAAAGGAGCCUUUUUAAUCUUCUUUUUGAAAAGCGUUGCAUCACAGGAGGCAAAAUAACAACAUAGAGACUCGUUUUUAUUUCAUACUCCAUCAGACCGAAGAUUCUUGAAUACGUACCCUCAACCCUUGUAAAGAGAGCACGGGA